GGGGGUUGGAGGCAGAUUUCACUAGAUAUAAAGCCAAGAUCCCAGGACUUCACCCUGCAAACAUCAUCAGAAUACAUUGUCUCAGAUGACCACACUGACAAAAAUGGAUUCCAACAUGUGGUUUUUGUUGGCCAUGCUUCUGCUGGCGUCCUGUGUCUGUCUAGCAGAUGAGGCUCUGGCUGAGCACAGGAUCAAACAUCACGCUUCAGGGUUGACAUCCUUACGUUCCAGGCGCAUGGUUGGGGGAACACUGGCUCCUCUGGUGCCCUGGCAAGCCAUGGUGUCCCUGGAGGAGCUGAAUGGAAGCUAUGCAGGUGGAGCUCUUAUUGCCCCAAAUUGGGUUCUGACAGCAGGCAGGAACCUGUUUGUUAAGAAGAAUCGUAUGGACACGCAGGGCACAGAGGCAGCAAUCCCUAAGGUGUACCUGGGCAUCACAGGGCGGCCCCAGGCUGACGCCUCAAAAGAGGUUGCUGUGGAGAAGGUGUUCCUACACCCAGGCUUCCAGAACCAGUCUGACUGGGACAACAACCUGGCUCUGAUCCAACUGAAGACACCUGUGGUACUGGGGCCAAAUGUGUACCCCAUUCCCCUGCCAGAGUUGGGUCAGCACUUGGCAGACAGCCAGGGAGAAGUAGGGGUCAUUGCUGGCUGGGGCUGGGGGGCUCUCUUCAGCCCCGCUCAGACACUGAAACAUCUAGUACUACCAUUAGCCGAUGACAUCUCCUGUAAAACAAAUGAGAACAGUGGAAGGUUUCUGUACAGCAGGCCGACUGUGGAUGAAACAAUGUUCUGCACAGGGCCAAGCAGGUACCAGGAGAAUUUGUGUUACGGGGAUGCAGGGGGAGCACUGGUGGUCAGGACCCACAGAGACGUGUAUGCAGCUGGGAUACUGUCCUUUGACAAGGCCUGCUCCACUGAGAAGUAUGCCAUCUACAUGAAGCUGUCCGCCUACCUUCCCUGGAUCCACAGCGUUCUGAGGGGAGACACCGAGGAGUCAGCCACUCGACGCGCUGCUGUCGUAUCUGAGAUGCACUCCUGGCAAUGGUCCUCACGAGACAGAGCAGUGGAUGGUUAAACUGCUAGCUGAACACUCGCAACACACUUGUCUUAUUUGUUGGGUUAUUCCAGCGCUUAAUUUGAAUUAUUUAGAGUGGUUUAGUGUCUCUGACUGUUGCCAUUCACAGUUUUGUAAACAAAUCUGUUUACAUAAACUCUUUUCUUUUUAUUUUGGGAUAGUGUCAAACAUUGUCCUUGGUGUACCAGAUAAGCUAUAAUAUUAUAUCAUGCCAGUGAACAUUUUGUUAUUCAAAAGUAUAAAAAUACCUCUUUGAAAAACUGGCUUUUUCCUGGACAGCAUACCUAAUAGAACUUCUCUUUGAAAGCUCUUAAUGCUCAAGUCAGCAUAAAAGUGGCAGUCGGCUGAAAUUGUUUCUCUCUUGAAGAGCAGGGUUCAUUCAUGCGUAAUCUGAGUAUGUAUAACUACGCAAUAUAAUGUAUCCGUCUCCGUGCACAAACUGCCAGCAACAAUCCCUUCAGUUCCUUAUCUUAAUUGACAAAUUGUUAAGUGAAUGCAUGUGUGUCACACCCAUUACUUGGCAAAACCUGUUUGUUGUUGACAAUGAGUAGUUAAUUACUGGGAGAAAUAAGGACAUGCAGAAUGUUUUGUAUGGACAUCAGCUAUUUUAGGCAUGGUUGAUCCUAAAACCUUUGCUAUUCCAUCCAAUUUGAAAAUAAAUUAUGUAAACUCGAA